AUGCAAUUUGAUACCAUACUUUCAGACAUUAAUGGAUUUGGUAAAUUCCAAAUCUUGUUAGUCUUGAUUCAGAGUAUUAGUCGAAUUACUAUACCAUUUCACUUUUUGCUGAAUAAUUUCAUCGCCGCUACUCCCUCUCACCAUUGCAACAUCAGUACUCUGGAUGAUGGAGGUGUCUUUAGGAAUUUAACCCUGGAGCAGAGACUUGCUGUUGGUAUACCAGUCCAGGAGGAUAGGACUCCAAGCUCCUGUCAGAUGUUUGCAAAGCCCCAAUAUCAAUUUCUGUCAGUCUCCAACAGUAGUGAGGAUCCACCCACUGUUAGCUGUCAGAGUGGAUGGGUGUAUGACAACAGUACCUUUAAAUCUACUUUGGCAACAGAGUGGGAUCUUGUGUGCGGCAGCAAAGGGAUGAACAAAGUAACAGCCACUACUUUCUUCAUUGGUGUUAUGAUUGGAGCUAUUCUAUUUGGAUUUCUCAGUGAUAGGUUUGGCCGACGGAGACCACUACUGAUGUCCUACCUGGCAACCUCGUUGUUUGGAGUCCUGAGUGCAUUCUCCACAUCAUAUGUCAUGUUUGUCACCAUGCGAUUUUUCACCGGAGUGGCAAUUGCAGGAUUGACCAUCAUGUCCUAUGUUCUAAAUAUUGAAUGGUUUGAUGUUGAGCACAGGACCUUUUCUGGUGUACUCAUAAGCCUGGACUGGACUCUUGGUAACUGCAUUCUCGCUGGAAUUGCAUACUUUGUAAAUGAGUGGAGGAUGCUCAUUCUGGCAGUGACCUCACCCCUGGUACUGUCCAUCAUCGCUUGGAGAUGGCUCCCUGAGUCUGCAAGGUGGCUUCUGGCUAACGGCAAGGAGGACAAGGCACAUUUUUACAUCUCGCAAUGUGCUAAGAUGAACAACACAUCCAAAUGUCUGGAAAACAUCACACCAAGGACAUUGUUGGAGUCAUUGGAUGUUGAAACAGGAGAUAAGAAAUACAGUUUCUUGGAUCUUGUAAGGACCCCAAAUAUCAGGAAACUUGCCAUAUGCACCGGGAUAGUUUGGUAUGGAGUCGCCUUCACAUAUUAUGGAAUAAGUAUGAAUAUCAGUGGCUUUGGGCUAAACCUAUACGUUACACAUUUAAUUUUUGGGCUCAUCGAGCUGCCAGUAAAGAUUGGAGCAUAUUACUUUCUGGAGAAAUUUGGAAGGAAGCCCGGCCAGGCAGGGACAAUGCUGUUAACCGGGCUCUGCCUCUUCAUCAAUUUGUUUGUUCCCAAAGACUUGUGGGUCAUUCGCACUGUCAUGGCAGUCCUUGGAAAGGGCCUAUCAGAAGCAUCUUUUACCAUUGUCUACCUCUUCACAGCUGAACUCUAUCCUACGGUCGUACGACAAAACGGCUUGGGCUACAGCUCGUUUGUGGCACGUCUGGGCGUAUCCGUUGCUCCACUCGUCAUACUGUUGGAGGACGUGUGGCAUCUCCUUCCUAACCUGAUAUAUUGUACAAUGACAGUUGUGGCUGGCUUAGUGUCUUUACUCCUGCCUGAAACAUUAAACACCCGUCUGCCAGAGUUCAUCGAGGAUUUAGAGCAACCAAGGUAA